ACAGAUUUACAGGAGCUUCAGGCCUCAAUGGAGCAGUUGCUUAGGGAACAACCUGGUGAAGAAUACAGCGAGGAGGAAGAGUCCGUCUUAAAGAACAGUGAUGUAGAGCAGACUGCAAAUGGGACAGAUGUGGCAGAUGAGGAAGACAAUCCGAGCAGUGAGAGCGCACUAAAUGAGGAAUGGCACUCAGAUAACAGUGAUGGUGAGAAUACUAGCGAAUGUGACUAUGAUAGUGUCUUUAAUCAUUUAGAGGAACUAAGACUUCACCUGGAGCAAGAAAUGGGCUUUGAAAAGUUCUUUGAGGUUUAUGAAAAAGUAAAGGCUAUUCAUGAAGAUGAAGAUGAAAAUAUUGAGAUUUGUUCAACAAUAGUUCAGAAUAUUUUAGGAAGUGAACAUCAGCAUCUUUAUGCCAAGAUUCUUCAUUUAGUCAUGGCAGAUGGUGCCUAUCAAGAAGAUAAUGAUGAAUAAUCCUCAGGACAUUCUUUAAUUCUCAACCAUAUGAAAGUAUUUGAAUUUGGCUUAUAAAGAAUAACAAGCUUCAGUGGGAAAUUUAG